AAUUGCUGAGCCUAAUCAAGCGAUAUGAAAGCAUUUUGACUGACGUGGCAGAGCAUCAUAAUGUAGGCGUGGCUUAGUAUUGUCAACAUCCUGGUGACAUAACUAGUUUCUCCAAAAUGGCGACGGUGGACCAGAGAGAAGCAGGUCAGGACGACCCAGAGAGUGAAGAUGAGGUUUAUGAGGUUGUGGACCUGACAGAAUAUGCCCGGAGGCACCAGUGGUGGAGCAGGGUGUUUGGGAACAAUUCAGGCCCGAUUGCUGAGAAGUAUUCAGUGGCCACUCAGCUCAUGAUGGGAGGGGUGUCUGGAUGGUGUGCUGGCUACCUUUUCCAGAGAGUUGGGAAGAUAGCUGCCACUGCUGUUGGUGGAGGGUUCCUUCUUUUACAGAUUGCCAAUCACAGUGGCUAUGUGCAGGUAGACUGGAAGAAGGUGGAGAAGGAUGUAAACAAAGCGAAAAAGCACCUGAAGAAGAAAGCAAACAAAGCAGCCCCUGAAUUAAACACAUUCAUUGAGGAGGUAAAGGCCACAGACUUUAUAAAGAGGAACAUUGUCUUGUCCAGCGGGUUCGUCGGUGGCUUCUUCCUGGGUUUGGCCUCUUAAAGUUGCUGCGCCCGCCGCAGUCUCCACUUAAUGUGAAUCACAUCACUACAUAGGUCACUUUUCCUCUCCAUUGUUUACCUCUCAGCCCCAUGUGUGCAUUGAUUUAUCUUUUAAUGAACUGAACAAGGGGGUUACGUUGAGCAUCCAAGCAUGAUCUGUUGUGACAGUGUGUUCUACUUUUAAAUCAGUCGUAGCUAAUUAUUUCCUUCAGGGUGGGGAGGGUGGGUGGUUAAGUACACAUGCUGAAAUGUUCUUGAAUUGUACUGUGAAGACUCUCUUCUGUGGGACCCAUCAUGGAUUUUUGCCAGAGUGCUAAAUAUGUCAAGCUGCCACAAACUAGCACAGAUACGCCUCGAUUGUCCAUCCCUUCGCGCAUUUGCCCGGUGGAUGUUGAUCAUAUAUUGUUAAAAGUUGGCAUGUGUGGGCGCCAUUGUAAAUAUAUAGCCAACCCCUUUUCAGAGCUGUAAAUACCCACACAAGAGUAAAUAUUAUAUAAACAACACGGAAGGCAGCAGAGUGGGAAGUUAACACCUUCCCCCAGUCUAGUGCUUGGAGGUAUUUUUUUAUGUAGCUGUGAAGUUUGGCGAGUUUAUGUGCCAUUUAAGCAUGUAAGCAAACACAGUUGUUUUUAAAGUUUGCCACACUGGCUGGGGGUUUAAACAAAGGUAUUUUUCCACUCUGAGCAGUUCUCAUUGACAUACAACACAUAUCACAAGCAUAAAUCACAACUACAUGUUAAAUCUGUUAAUAUUCUCUACUUUAAAUUGCUUACAGACUAUUAAACACAGAUUCUAUACUCCCAUAAUCCUCAGCUCCAUGAUGCCCUUUAAUGACAGGAUGAGCAUCUGCGGUACCCUAAUUACCACCAUCACAAACGAGACACCAAUCCCGUCAUUAAAGACCAGAAUGGAGCUGCGAUUGUGACUCCAACGCCCUCGCUAUUGUCGUCUUGCAUUUAGUAGUGUCAGUGUAGCAAUGAAACAGCGACGCUGCCGAGUUGUGCAUCAUCACGUUAAUUAUCCAGAUAGGACAUCCACACAUAGGAGAGCAGUGAAGUUGAUCACAAGUUGCUUAUUUUGUUUUCUGCCUUUUUCUACCAGUGCAAUAUACAGUAUUGUUUCAGAUGUAAGGGUUUUGUUUGAAGAGCUUGUGUCUCCUACUGACAAUUUAUAUGCUCAUAUUCCCUCAUUGUUUCUAUUUAAUGUUAUUUUGAUAACUUUAUUUGAACUGUAUGAAUUUCAUUGGGUGUUUCUUUUGGAAUAAGUUGCCUGAUUUUGUUUUGAGUAACAAUAAAAUAAAAUACAGAACAAA